AUGCCCCCAGGGAGAGCGGUGUCCCCAGGGAGAGCGGUGUCCCCAGGGAGAGCGGUGUCCCCAGGGAGAGUAGCGUCCCCAGGGAGAGUAGCGUCCCCAGGGAGAGUAGUGUCCCCAGGGAGAGCGGUGUCCCCAGGGAGAGUAGCGUCCCCAGGGAGAGCGGUGUCCCCAGGGAGAGCAGCGUCCCCAGGGAGAGCGGUGUCCCCAGGGAGAGUAGUGUCCCCAGGGGCGGUGUCCCCAGGGCCACUUUUCCAAAAAGGACCGCAGGUAACAAUCGGCUCGCGCCCCAAGAACGGACCCAUUGCGGGACCCAGGGCAGUUUUGGAAAUCCUCGCAGGCGAGUUGGGCCAUGCAAAACCAUCGCGGGCAUCUCUACAGAAGGGAAGAGUGGGUGGUUCCGCACUCAAAACAACCCCGAGGCUUCUCCGCGUGGCGGAUGUGCGGCGGCAAGGGACAUCGUCCCAACCCUUACGGGGAAACCUCAUCGAGAUUAUUGUUGCCGUGGUCAGUGUCGCGGGUGCUUGCUGGGGAGGUGGUGUUGGGGGGAAGCGCCGAUGGAGCCUUUGGUCUCCUUCCCCGGCGCUGUUCUCCCAUGGACAGAGGUGA